AUGAAGGCUCAAAAAUUAGACCGUCGGGCUCCCUCAUCUUCUACAGCGCAGGUCUUCGGAGAGUUCAAUCACACUCAAGCAAGCCUUGACGUCGAGUUUGCCAGGAGCCAAGGCAGCACAGGACUCGACAAAGCACAAUUCGAGCCGAUUGCCUACGCACCUCAAGAGCCUUGGCUUUUCCGAGGUAGUAUCAAGGACAACAUCGUAUUCGGGACUGCAUAUGAUCAGAAGUGCUACGAGCGGGUCAUUAGAGAUUGCGCGCUGGAGAAAGACCUUGCAGCUUUCAAGGACGGUGACCUCAAAGAGGUAGGUGAAGGUGGUCGCAGUCUCUCUGGGGGUCAACGUCAGCGUGUGUCCCUUGCCCGAGCAAUGUAUACGAACGCAAAUGUCGUCAUAUUGGAUGAUAUCCUCUCGGGCUUAGAUCCGAGCACCUUCGAAUGGGUAGUGACAAGAUGCGUCUUCAGAUCGCUGCAACGGAACCGCACAAUAAUAAUGGUUACGAAUAGUCAGAAGAUACUCCAAAUGGCUGAUCUAGUCAUCCACACGGAGAAUGGCAAAAUCGCUCAAGUUAAGAAGAAUCUCAGCAGUACAAGAUGGCAAAGCGUGCCCGACACAGACUAUGUCGAUUGUUUGUUCCAUGAUCGGCCAGAAGCCUCUGAAACAUUAUCUGCAACUUUUGAAAGUACCGGGCGCAACGACGAGAGGGACCCGGUCUCUGCGGAGGCCCCUAACGAAUGUGCUGAUUUUCAGCGUGUGAGCAGUUUGAGAUAUGCCGUCGAAUACCUCCGGUCUUUCGGCAGUCGGCCAUUCGUCACUUUAGCAGUGAUUUCUGCCGUAGGCGCUCACGGCCUGGAGAUUGGGCUCCCAGCAUGGCUCUCGAUUUGGAGUGCUAUAUCAGGGAGAAACGAAGACGCAGGACUCGGUUCAGCGCAAAUAGCGAUCCUCGCAGUCUCGCUGUUGUUGCUAUACUCGGGCGCUUGGCGAUCUAGUCGUGACAAGCAUAUGGAAAUGAUUUCCGCAAUUUUCGGCACCACUUACACUUGGAUCUGGAGUACCCCAGUAGGACAGGUAAUUAAUCGUUUCUCGUCCGACGUCGCAAGUUUGGACGACACACUAUUCAGGACUUUUCGUCCAGUUUUGGACACAUAUCUGUCAAUUGGCCUCCGAAUUCUCACUGUAACAUCGCUUAUACCGCUCUUCUUUCUGCCCUCUGUCGUGCUGUCUGGGUUUGCAAUCUACGUGGGCUACCGUUACCGUUUUGCAGCAACCGCCGUGAAGCAUAUCUACGCCGCUAGUCUCACGCCGCUGCAUCACAGUAUUGCGGAAACUGCGUCGGGCCUUAGGACAAUACACGCUUUUCGUGCCCAGGCGAUGCUACAGAAGCGCUUUGAUGCGGCCGUUGAGCACCAUGUCCAGGCAUGGAAUGCCGUCAGUGACCUUCAAAGGUGGCUGGCAGUACGGAUGGAUAUUUUCGUCGCUUUGAUAUCAUGCUCGGCGGCAACAUUAGCUAUAUUGCGGCCGAAUUCAAGUGCACCUGUUGUUGGUCUUAGUUUGACCCUCACAACCGGCCUCUGCACGGCUCUACUUUAUCUGGUUUAUCUCUCGAGUCUUCUGGAAGUGGAGAUGGCCAGUUACUGCCGUAUCAAGAACUAUAUCCAGGGAAUUCCACAAGAGGAUUCUUCUGCUAAGCUUGACGCUUGUGCAGUAGAACAUUGGCCAACGCGGGGAUUGAUAUCCUUUGACAACUACGGGGCCAGCUACUCGUUGGACGGAGAGGAAGUUCUCAAGGGUGUCAACUACAGAGCGAAUGCCGGCCAACGAACAGCUAUUGUCGGUCGCACUGGAAGCGGAAAGACUUCCCUGGCACUGAGUCUGCUACGGCUGACGACUAGGACGCGUGGAUCCAUAUCCAUUGAUGGCGUUGACAUUGAAUCGGUUUCGGUUGAAAAUCUACGGCAGAGCAUAAGUUUUAUCCCUCAAGAUCCCACAAUGCUUGAUGGAACAAUACGUUUCAAUCUGGACUUCAACGGAGAGUAUGACGAGGGAUAUCUGCAAUCCAUCCUGGAUGAUGUGGUGGGUACAAGGAAAUGGAGGCUGGAUGACACGGUCGAACAGAAUGGGAGAAAUUUCUCACAAGGCGAGAGACAGCUCAUUACCCUCGCACGAGCUAUGGUAAGCAAACACAAAAUUCUCAUCAUUGAUGAGGGGACCGCUAGUCUGGACAAAGCGAGCGAGGACCGUAUCAUGGCUGUCAUUCGGGACUGCUUCAGCGAAUGUACGGUUAUAGCCAUCACGCACAGGUUACACAGCAUUGUCGAUUUCGACCGAGUCCUCGUAAUGGGCGACGGCCAAGUUCUGGAGGCGGGAAAUCCUCGUCACCUUCUUGGAGGGGAAAGUCUUUUCAAAGCAUUGUAUCUGCAGCAGUGUGGCACGGAUGCCCAUAUCAGUGGCAAUCUCAGCGACUAUCGCCAAUCAUAA